AUGACCAAGGACGACGGCGAAUCCGCCCUCCCGCCGGCGCGGCCCAGCGCGUCGGUCGUGCUGCUGUCGUCGUCCAACGAGGUGCUGCUGCUGCACCGCGUCAAGACGUCGACAUCGUUCGCGUCGGCGCACGUGUUCCCCGGGGGCAACGUGGACCCGUUCCACGACGGCGAGGUGCCGCCCGAGGGGGACCCGGCGCGGCACCGCGACGGCCCGGCGUACCGCAUGUGCGCGGUGCGCGAGACCUUUGAGGAGUCGGGCGUGCUGCUGGCCAAGCGCGACGAUGGCAAGCUGGUGCAACUCCCGGAGGCGGAGCGCGAGGCGGCGCGCAAGCGCAUCCACGCCCGCGAGGUCAAAGUCCCUCAUCCCGUACACGCGCUGGCUGACGCCCGUGACCGUGCCGAAGCGCUUCACGACGCAGAUGUACCUGUACCUGCUGCCGCUGACACGCCGCGACGUGCCGGCGCGGACGGUGAUCCCGACGCCCGACGGGGGCGUGGAGCACACGGCGGCGCUGUUCGCGGGCGGUACGUCGGCGGGGGGCGGCCCGGCGCGCUCGAGGAGGAGUCCGGGCGCUUCAUGCGGGAGCGGCGGCGGCUGCUGCGCUUCGUCAAGGAGGUGCCGACGGCGACGACGGCGCUCGGCCGCGCGCACGCGUCGGCGCAGGUGUCCUGGGGCGACAAGGUGAUCAGCCCGGUGCCGAUGUACCUGCGCGCGGAUCGUCGCGCGGUGCUGUCGCUGGCGUACACGGGGCCGGAGCUCGAGGGGCAGGGGCGCGAGGGCGACUUUGAGCACGUGGUACUGACGAAGUUUGGCAAGAACGGGCCGACGGGCGUCGAGGUACGUCUGCGGGAGGAGGUCCUGGAUGAGGAUGAGCAGCCUAAGGAAGGGCGUCUGGAGAAGCUGUAA